CGCUAACGUCAGUCGUAGCCGGGUUUGCGCGGCGAGCGUCGUCUCUUUGUAGAUACGCUUUUUUUUCUUGUACACAUAUCAAAUUUCACGAGAAAAUUUGAUAUAGUCGUCGAUCUGUGAAUAGUGUAUGAAAAAAGUUUACGAAGAACGUUCGGUAAUUGUUUGUUUCACUACACUUGCGCUGUUAUUUUUUAUUAUUUUUAUUAUUUGCUCUAUGAUGUUGCGUAGUGUUUUUUAUCAGUGAAUAUCCGUUGGAUUGUUUUGUUGUAGUUCCAAACAAAAAUGUAGAUAGAUCGUAUGUUGCAUCUAUUAAAGUAAGAUGUCCAUUGACCAGGCAUCUCCACUUGUGCCGAUCAAGCCGCAGCUACAGAACGCAGCGUUCGUUAAGAACACCCAUAACAGAAGCAGUUUUUGCGGCGUGUCACCGAACGGUAACGGGACGUUCAAAACUUUCUCCGUCAAUCGCAAGAGUUGGAGUGGAAAUGUGACUUUGCCACUUCAACAGUUCGCUCCCGAAGAACAAACUCCUCAACUGGCGACUUUUCGUUCCGGCACAGGAACGUUUCCGAGAAACAGGGAGAGGAACAAUAACAGCGCGCCAAACGGAAUAUUAACUCCUAAUGGGAACUCUGUGCAGACGUUUAAAGGAAAUGAAGUGAGAAGGAGCGGAAGUACAAAAGGUCGACGUUACGCUGAGAUCGGAAACUGGAGCAAAAGAAAUGCGACUUUUCUGGAACCGCACCUCCAAGGCGUGAGGAGACGCGACAGUCGCAGUACCGACUCCGAGCACGAUGAGCGUUCCACGGAAGACGACGAGCGGUGCCUCCUACGCAGCUCACCCCGCACAAGACUGCCGCCACCCCCCCCGCCGCCUCCCGACGACGAGCCACCCCCGCUGAAGCCUCGAGAGUUCUUCGAGAGACUCCAGAAUCAAGCGAUGAAGGAGGCCCAGCAGAGGAGGCAGCGAUCAAGAGACUUACCUAUUAAAGAUGCACACUUAUUCAGGCCUGUCGAUGGAGAAGAGAGUUUAGGGGAUAGUCUCAGUCAGAGUCGCGAAAGCCUGUCGUCAGACGGCGAGGGAGCUCGAGGUGACUGUUCGUCGGUGACAUCGUCAGGUUCGUGUUCAGAGGAACAACCACCAUGCGAUAUAGGUGUUUUGGAGCGACUGAUAAGGACACAUCCGGUCUGGUUCCUUCCCGGGAUACAGAGGGCAGGAGCGUUUCAUCUUCUACAGGGAAAGGAAGAAGGGAACUUCGUGGUUCGUCAGUCCAGUCAGCCUGACACAAUGGCGAUAAGUGUCCGUUUGCCAGCCGAUAAGGGUCCUUACAUAGAGCAUUAUCUGAUCCAAGCGUCAGGAGGCCGCAUAAGUCUUGAAACUUCACACAACCGCUUCGACAAUAUACCUGAACUGAUCGCUCAUUACUCACAGUGUUGUGACGAGUUACCAGUGCAACUACAACUUCCUCGUCCGCUUCGUGAAGCUAAGAGUCGGCAUCAGUUAAGUUCCUUAGCACUACUCGGUCAGGAGUUUUGGGGGUACCCGAUGGCGAAUUCCAAAAGCAACGCACAAAAUAUUCUUUCUCCAUGUCAACUUGCAAAUGGAGUCAUACCAAUGGCAGUGACUCCAUCUGACACCGGAUCCAGUCUUAGUAGUUUUAAUGCUAGUACAAGAACGAAUUCAAGAGAACAGAUCUUAAGCACAGAAAAAGAUCAAAAUGUAGUUUUAAAAAUGUCUCCUAUAGAUAUAUCAGGUUCCCCACCGAGUCAGAAUCAAAAUUUAAGUACUUUUAAAGGACGCGUUGCUCCUUCGCCACCAGCAAAACCAAGCAGUGCAUUUGUUAGAGCUCCGAGACCAACCCCACCAAAUACUUUAAACCUUAUUUCUAGUACAGCUCAUAUAACACAACCUCAUACAUUUCCUACGACAAACACGCGAUCCUCUCCUACUCAAAUAAUUAAUGUGAAAACUACUCCUCCACCUCCUCCCCCGCGUUGGACCAAACCUCAUUUGGCAAAGACGUCCAUAUCUCCUAAAUCAGAAGCAUUAGCUUUCAUUCCGAUUAACAAAGCAUCACAGAAUGGAAACAUAACAGUCACUACAACAGUCACAUUUAGCGUUAAUAAUACACAAACUCAUAAUAAUGCAACCAAUGAGAGCAUACAAAAUGAAAAACUGCAACUAACGCUUGCAUCUAAUACGGUUAAUAAUCGCAAUAAUAUGAAUAAUGGAUUCAAUGUAAUUGAAGACACAAAACAUGCCGCUGAAUGUAAUGGAAAUAGUCAGAAUAUAAUACAUCGUAUGUCACCUGAGGGGGAAUGCGUCAGUGUAACUACUAGUUCACAUGGAAGCUUCAAAAGGCAGGAGAAUGAACAAAAUGCUGCAGAACCUGGAUCACUGUCUGAACCACAAUCCCAAAUGAAUACAUCAGAAUUUGUUGAUCCCGUUAUAAAUAGCUUGACGACAUCUACAAACAGUUUUGUUCCUAACCAUCUUGUUUCUCCAAAUGGAACGAAUUCCGUUACGAGUGGAAUAUUUUCGCCAACAAGCCAAAUUAAUUCUCCACUAUCUAACGAUACUAUAUCUUCGAAAAGCAGUGUCUUUUCUCCCGUUAGCCAGAACAACAAGAGCGAACUUUUCUCUCCCAUAUCUAGGAGUUCACCUAUAACUACGAAAAACGUAUUAUCCCCUGGAUCCAAUCAGUCAAUAAUAUCUCCCGUAAUAGGCAAAGAUAGAGAAAAAAUUUUGUCCCCUACAACCAACACAUCGGGCAGAUCAAGGAGGAGUAAGCACUCGCUAAGAAAAGAAUCCAGACAUUAUCAGGAAUCAGACAUCUUAGAAUCACCGGGUAUAUACUACAGAAGUUCAUUGAUGGACAAAGUGUCCGAUUAUGAAGAUAUUUGGGGACCGGAAAGUAACAAUUGUUCCACUUUUAAGCCAAUGAAGCCCGACGGUGAAAACAAUGUCAAUAACGGCAUUAUGAAGAGCAAACGCCCUGAUUUAUUACCUGACACAUUACCCAAAUUGAUUACAGCAAAAAGUACACAAUCGAUUUUGGAAAAAGAAAACGUUCUUAUAAUGAAUUCAAAUGAAAGUCUAAACGAAAAGAAAACUUUAUCCGAUGGUUCACUUCAGAAAAAUUUUAAAGGAUCCAAUGAAAUAAUAGCGACAACAAACAGUAAGGGUGAAGCUAUACCAAAGAGGCCAGAUAAACUUAAUAUCUCAUUAAAUAUGAAUAAAAAGUUUACUGAAGAAAUAGAAGCUGCACUUAAGAAUCGAGAAAAUCACAACACUGAAAGUAUGGAAACUGUGAAAUUGGAGGAUGAUAUGAAGCAAUCGAAUCUCGAUGAAUCGGAUAAAGAUAAUACUGGUAGUCCGUAUUAUGCUGAUCCAGUCGACGCUUUAAAAGAGGCUGGGUUGCUGCCACCAGUACAACGACGUAAAUUGAUCCGUGUCGGUUUGAGUUUAUCUCAACGUUAUUCUGAACCACCAAAUCAAAACCAUCCUUACUAUCCGCUGCGGGAUAUGCACAGCAUCGAGGAAUUAUCUCCCUCAUCACCGAACACAUCAUCGUCAGUUGACAACCUGGUGUCGAUUCGAAGCAAACCAAAGGUGAAGCCCGUCCAGCCGCCCCGCGUCAACACAAAGUCCUCAGGCAAGAACGACACUUGGACCGUUGAUUCCAGUUGGGAGUUCAUAAAUAAACAAGACGAAAGCGGUAACGGUGAAAGCGGAACUUUUCCAUCACUAGCCGAACAGGAAUGUAGGUUGAGUGGAGUUGAUGAUGAAUCCAAAAACUUGACGGUACACCAAGUGGUAGCACAAAGGCUACCCGAAUUGAGACUCAAUUCUCAACCAGCAGCUUUACCGGAGGAAGUGAGGUCUCCUCCGCGCGCUUCUUGCUAUGACAACGUACACGAGCUGAGGCCUUUAUCUGAACAGGCAAGUGACGAUGGAACUGUAUUCUCGGAGCCAUGGGACAGCUCGCAGUGGGACGGACUAAUACCACCAUCUAACGAUCAGCAGCCAUAUGACGCAGAGGAGACUUUGGAAUGGGAAUCUCCUAUUCCAAGAAGAGGAGCAGUUAUGUCUUUGCGUGCGAAGAGCUUCAGAGAUCGCUUGGAUCCUUUAUUAGCGGCCGGUCGUGUCAGGGCCCUCAGAGGUGGGCGUACAACACGCGGCGCCGGUGCAGCCCUGCGUGCGUACGCUCUGCACCUCGCGCAAGAUAAGAGCACAACGUUCGCUCAGAACAUCGACAAUUUUAUUUCGUGCACGCUGGACUCGAAGGAAACAUGUCCGCAGGUGAUGAUGCGAAACAUAAGACAAUUCAUGUCUGGAAUGAAGAAUUAUUUAGUUAAACAUGGCGAAAGAGAAUUCGAAAAAGAAGUUGAAAAGGAAAGACUGAAGUUAAAGCCGACUGAGUUCCUGAACUUAGACGCGAUUUUGGAAGCGGUGAUGCACCGGCUCGUGGUGCGCCCGCUCCGCUCGCGGCUGUACUCGCUGCUGGCGGGCUGGCACGCGGCGGACGUGCGCCGGCUCCACGCCGCCAUCGAGCGGGCCCAGCACGCUACUCCGCUACAGCUCGGCGUUAAGGAAUCAACAAAAGUUCCAUCCGCGGCAGUGUUGGCUGUGAUCUCAAAGCAUUUCCUGAAAAUGCAAGAAGCCGAUUCGCCGCUGGAUAAACUCGAAAAUCUAUUGGCCGCGAUAUCGGUCAUGUUCAAUGCUAUUCGCGGCGAGCGCGGUCUCGGCGCCGAAGACCUGCUUCCGGUGUUGGCUUGGACGGUCGCCCGGUGCAGAUUAGUAUGUGCGGAACUCGAGGCCGAGUUGAUGGCGGGACUCCUCCCCCCGGCGCUCCUGGCGGGCGAAGGGGGCUAUUAUCUAACCGCGCUCUUCUCCGCCGUGGCCGUCCUGAAGAGGCUGGCCCCAGAAACAGGAUCCGAUAUUACGCCCCCGUGGCGGCGUGGCUCGAUCGACGGUCGGGAUCAAUGCCCCGUGGCGGUCGUCCGCGUCGUGCUACCCGACGAGUGUCGAGGCUCCAUACGCCGAGUGCCGGUGCCGUGCCGACCGGGCGCGCGCGCACGCGACCUGUGCCGGGCGCUCGCUCACGCAGCCGCCAUUACGAACCCGCAGGACUACGCGUUGUUCGCUUUACACGACGGGCACGAGACGAUGUUGAACGAGAAUGAUUGUCCACAAGAAGUCAUGUCGGAGAAGACCGGACAGAAUUUCACCCUUGCGUACAGAAGAAUAGACGCCAAAAUAGCUUGGCCACAGCAAGCGAUGAUGUCUUAUCCAUAAUUAUACGCAACAACAAACCCAACUCUCAAAGUUUUAAUUCCAAUAAACGAAAAUUUGUCAUUAAUUGAUCACAAUUACAUUUAGAACCUUCAUAGAUUUGUUCUAAUCAAAUCUAAUCUAUGUUUUUCCACUGAUUAAUAAAAUACGAACUAUAUUUUCGUAGUUUAAAUACACUAAAGCGAUAUUUUCUGCGACAUUUUAUCUAAGCUCUAGACGCGUAAACUUUUUAUGCUUACCUCCUAAAACGAGUACACGAUAAGUAUAAUAAUUAAGCUCACUGACUGAUUCGUGAGUACUAAUUUUUUUAUUAAUUCGUAGCUUUUUUACUCAAUAACGGAUAAUAAGUAAUGUGUUUUUAAUAUGUAAUCUGACUGAAUAUUUAGGGCGUCACUCGUCCAGUUUUUGUACAUUUUUUAUGACGUAUGUGAUUACUCAAAUGCGCGUAUGACGAACGUUAUACGUUUACCGUUCUCAAUUUAAUAUCGGUUUAAUUAAUUCUUUUUAAUUGAAUAAACACGAUAUAGUAUUACGACUUCCUUUAAAAGGCAGUCGCAUAUUACUUGCGAGCGUGUGAAUAUAUGUUCCUAAAUUUUUCGUAACCCUUACACUGAACAAAACUCACCAAAAUAUUAUUAUUGUCCUUGUUUAGUUUUGUUCUUUGAUUUAAGUAUUUUCAAUUUCACGUUCUUGAAAUUUUAAAUUUACUUUUGAAGUACGCUACCUUCGGAUUUAACUUGUACUAACUUGUUUAUGAACUGUGAUGUAAUUCGUAUUAGCUACUAAUUUAAGAGUUUGUAUUGAUUUUGUAUAUUCGUAGAGUCGUUUCUCAUUAUAAUUUAUUUAAUGUAAUUUUUAAGGUAAUAAUAUUUAAUUCUUUAACAGCGAUUCGAGUAAAUUACGGCGUAAAUCGUAUUUUUCAAUAAAACUUUACGACGAAGAAAAUAGUCAAGAGUUAAAUUAAAAUCAAUGAGUGAAUAAUUUUAUAUAUAUAAAAAAAACGCUUCAAUUUACUCAAUUAUGCAUGUACAGAUUUUAUGUUUUAUUUACUUUUAAACAUAUAAAAAUGUUAUAGCCAAAUAGCCUGAGUAAAUGUCACAGUAGAAACUAUAUAGUUAUAUAAACAUAUACAUAUGUAUGUGUAAUUUUUUGUAAUUAAAUAACUGCUCGGACAAAAUAAGACAGAUGUUCAAUAUAAUUUCAUAAGUUUUUUGACAAAUAGCUAACUGGUUCAAUUGCGACAAAGGAACUUAGAAAGGAUAUUAAGAUUGCUAUAAUAUAGUUAUGCUGAGCUAUUAUACAGGUUGACUUGUUGAACACUUUACAUUCUCAAGGACAUGAUAAUUCAUUGUCACAUGAAAGGUUAAAAAAAAAAAACAAAUGAACCACAGAGAAAACCUUCAUUAAAUUAAUUUCCUAAAACUCUAAAUUUGUGGACACCGCAGUGCUCAGGCGGCGCCUGGCGGGUGAGAGCAGGUUGCAUCCAAUCAGCACGCCGCGUUGAAACGAUGCCGCGAUUGUCGACUGCCUUAAACAAAUAAAUUCUGUUACAGCAUGCGCGCGGUGCGAGUGACCACGCAUAUUUUUUUGAGUAGACAAUCAAAGAUAAAUCAGGCAAAUAUUAGGCACCUAAUUUUUUGUGCUUAAUUAGUACGAGAAUCGGGUACUGAGCACUAUAUCAAAAGGUAAAGUGCUCAACACGUCAACCUGUACAUAUUGAGCUAAUAGAGUCUUACUACUGGUACUGCUACUACUUACUAGACCUUAUGUACUAACUUCUGAAACGAAGCACUAAUGACUUACAGUUCAGGGUUCGAAAGUGUUGUGGCAAACCAGACAUCGGGCUGUAAUGUCUAUAUGUUCCAGUACUAUAUGCUCAAAGAACUAUAUAAUCACAAAGAGGAGAAAUCGUAAUAUUUGAGAUUGCCUAGAAAUUCUACGUCACGAAAUACGAUGAAACGAUUUAAAAAAAAAUGAGGAGUAGUAUUCUGUUUUUUUUUUAAAUAAGUUGAUACGACAGUCUUUUAAGUCGGUUUAUUUAUUAAUGGUUUAUUUAUUAAGCCGCAAAUUUUAGUUGCUUAAAAUAUGGUACGCGAUUUUCUACUUUACGUUAAGUGUAGUAAAAGUCAUUUCUAAUUGGGGUUAGACAGCAUUUUAAAGGUAAACGACGCACUAUCUACGACGUUAAAAAAACCGUCAUGGUUUCUGUGGGUAGUGUGACUCGAAGCAUUCAAUCUGUACAUGUAGUAGGUGUAAGCACACACCGUUAUGUAUUUAUUGCAUUCUUGUAUUAACAUUAGUUAUGUGACACGUGUAUUGUGUUCGAUAACAUUUUCAGUCAUUUGUGAAAAAGUAAACGAGUUUUUACCAAACGUA